GGCUGGAAGCUCCAAACAGAUCCACCAGCUGCUGCUGCUUCCUUUGUUCCUCUUGCUUUCUUGCAGCUUUUGUCCGCACCUUAGCUUGGCUACAUCCUGUUCUCAUAUAGCCUGCUCUCUCGAUUCUCGGUCGCUUCCCGUCUUGCCAGCACAAUGUCGACUUACUCUCAUGACGAUGAUGACGAGCACGAUCCUCAGGCUGAUGAGCUCCGGGAGACCGCUCUGGUCACGCUGGAAACGCUUAUCAGUGCCUGCGGUCCCCAAAUGCAGCCCUACAUGCCUUACGCUAUCAACGCCGCCCUACGCUACCUCAAAUACGACCCCAAUGUGGCAGAAAUGGAAGAUGAGGAAAUGAGUGGCACUCAGGACGACGGCUCCGAAGAUGACGUAACCGAGGACCCUGAUCUGGAUGACGAUGAGUUCGAAGACUUUGAGGAGGAAGGAGGAUACAGUGACAUCGAUGAUAUGAGUUGGAAAGUCCGCCGAUGUGCUGCCAAGUUGCUGUACAGCGUUAUCUCUACCUACGGCCAUAGCCGCGCGCUCGAUGAGGCUUCCUUGUAUCAGCAGAUCUCCCCCGCUCUUAUCGCUCGAUUCAACAAGGAGAGAGAGGAAAGCGUGAAGCUGGAAGUCGUUUCUACUAUGACUGCGCUCAUCCGAAAGACUGGUGAAGGCUCCAUGAUCAUAACCUCCAAUGGCUUCCUUGAGGCUGUGGGUGGCUCGAAAAACUCUAGGAAGCGCAGACGCCAGGAUAGUGAUGCAAGCAUGAUUGACUUUGAGCCAGGCAUUGGCACCUCCUCCGCUGCCAGCACACCUGUUAUUACUCCGGCUUCCCCUAAGUCUGGUGCGCAGGCAGAAUUGGCUCGCUCCGUGCCUACGAUUGUGCAGAGCGUUGUCAAGAUGUGGAAACAAGCUUCCGUGCCUCUGAAGCAAGCGAUUAUCGCCUUACUCAGAAGCUUGGCACUGGUUCGCUACGGCGGCUUGACUGAUCACCUUCAACAGAUCGAAGAUCCUAUAGCUGACGUCCUCAAAUCUUCCAUUUCUAGCAGCUCCUCCGCUUCGCUUGGGGCCUCUGCGAGUACCGGUACUCUUCAGACUGAAACCCUUGGUCUCAUCUCCGCCAUCGCCGAAACACACACGUCGGGUGCUCUUCUGCCUUUCUUGAUCGCCCUGAUUCCUGGUGUUAUUGGCGCUGUCAAUGAUCGCAACUACAAAGUCAGCAGUGAGGCACUGGGUGCCGUGGAACAGAUUGUGAAAGCACUUACGCCUCCUCGAGUUGCUAGCACAACCCAGGACCUCGCAACUCAGCUGGAAAGAUUGUACGAUGUUGUUCUUGCGCGCAUCACUGACACCAGCGCUGAUCUCGAGGUUCGGCAACGUGCAAUUCACGUCUUUGGCGUGCUCCUGGCGCGCACUUCCGGCGACAAUGGUUCUACAUUUAUCUCACUCGACCGUCGUUCAAAAGGCCUCACAGUUCUGGUUGAUCGCCUUCGAAAUGAAACCACACGCCUUGCAGCAGUUCGGGCAGUCGAUGAUGUUGCUGUUCUCUGCACUCGUGACGCAGACGUUACUGCAUCGUGGGUCGCCGAAGUCACAGCAGAGCUUGGAGCGCAGCUGCGGAAGUCAGAUCGCGUUCUCCGGGGAGCCAGUCUGGAGGCUCUGCGCAGCCUUGCCAUGAACCCCAACACAAAGGGCCAUUAUAACGCUAGCACCAUGAAGGAGCUGGAGGACUGUCUUCUGCCACUAAUAAGUGCUGAGGAUUUCCAUUUCCUCGCUCCCUCACUUAUCAUUCUCGGGAAACUUAUACCUGGCAACGCCGAGCUCUUGGUCAAUGACAAUCUGGUUUCUGCACUUUGUUCCGUUGUCAUUUCGCCCCUAGUCGGAACAGUACUUAAGGCCAUGCUUCUGGUGGUGAAAGUCAUCGGAGAGGCAGGUGCAGGAGCGGCAUUGAUGAAGAAACUACUGCGGGAUGUUGGCAUUAACGGUGACACCUCUGUUGUCGGGCGAGCGAUUGGGACGCUUCUCGUACAUGGCGGGCCUAACUUGGGUGUCAAGAUGGAGGACUUUAUGACCGAAUUGGAGACCGCGCCGGACGCUCAGCGAAAAUGCCUUGCGCUCGCGAUUUUGGGCGAAAUUGGUCUUCGAAUGGGCGCUAGCUGUUCGCUGACUCCAGAACUUUUCAUUGACCACUUCAAUUCCAAGUCAGACAAGGUCCGUUUGGCUGCAGCUGCAGCUCUGGGAAAUGCGGCGGCGGGCAAUGUGAAGGCAUACCUACCUACCAUCCUGGGUGGGUUGAACAAGAGCGACCCGCAAAGCUACUUGUUGCUUCAUUCGGUGAAAGAAUUGUUACAGCAUCCUGAAAUCGUCAGACCUGACCUAGCUCCUUCCGCAGCCAAGCUUUGGCAGGCCCUGCUGGUGGUCUCCGAGCUGGAAGACAACCGUGCUGUUGGCGCGGAAUGUGUUGGUCGCCUGGCCCUUAUCGAUCCCAGUGCCUACAUCCCCUUAUUCCAGGAUCAUUUCUCCAACCCGGACGCCAGUAUCCGUGGUGUUGUCAUCUCUGCCUUCCGUUACACUCUCUCCGACUCCCGAGAUACCUACAACGAUGUCCUCCGACCCACCAUCGUCCCUCUUCUCGUCAACAUGCUCAGUGACCCAGACCUGGGUAACCAUCGCCUCGCUCUGACCACGCUGAAUUCCGCCAUCCACAACAAGAUGGACAUCCUCCUUCCCCACCUCAAUGAACUCCUCCCCGCCGUUUUCGAGGACGCUAAGCUCAAACCUGAACUAAUCCGCGAAGUACAAAUGGGCCCGUUCAAACACCGCGUCGACGACGGCCUGGAACUCCGCAAGUCCGCCUAUGAGACGCUAUACGCUUCCCUCGACACAACCUUCACCCUCCACCACAUCGGCGAAUUCUUCGACCGCAUCCUCGCCGGCAUCGACGACGAGCAGGACAUCCGCACCAUCUCCAACCUGAUGACCUCGAAGCUCAUCCACAUCGCGCCCGAGGAGACCCAGCGCCGCCUCGACGCCCUCUCGGAGCGCUACACCGCCAUCCUGUCCUUCAAGCCCAAGGAGAACGCCGUCAAGCAGGAGCUCGAGAAGGCGCAGGAGGCCUCGCUGGGCGUGCUCAAGAUCAGCCGCGAGUUGAGCAAGGCCUUCCCCGGCGCCGAGGUCGCGGGAGACCACCACAAGUGGAAGGCCUAUGUGGAGUGGACCCGGAAGACCUUCACCGCCCAGAUGAAGACCCUCGAGGCAGAAGCGUAGUGUCCGUCGUUCCUGGCCUCGACCGCUCUAUCUGAACGUUGAAUGGCUCGCUAAUGCCGGCCGACAGAAGGCCUGGAAUUACCUUCGCAGCUUCUAGAUCGCAUAAGCAGAAUCAUAAUCACAAAUUACAAGGUGCGC